AUGGAUGAGGGACAAGAACCUUGGCUCCUUGGAGGCGAUUUCAACACUGUUUUGUACUGUAGUGAAAGAAAAGGAGGCGCUGCUCCAAAGAUUAGAACGAUGGAGGACUUUGGGGACAUGAUGAUGGACUGUGGCCUUCAGGAUGCGGGAUUUGAGGGUUCUAAAUUUACUUGGUCUAGGAACAGACUCUGGCAACGUCUUGACAGGUUCUUAUUCUCCCACACGUGGACCCAAGCAUUCCCUCUAUCUCGUAUUCAACACCUCACAAGGAACGUUUCAGAUCAUUGCCCGCUCCUUCUCUUUGUCAAACAAGAAAUGAAGACAGGUCCGACACCCUUCCAUUUCCAAAACAUGUGGACUAAGCACCACGAUUUCAAGUGCUGUGUGACUACUUCAUGGCAGCAUCCUAUCCAUGGCCAUGGAAUGUUUGCCUUCCAACAGAAGCUCCACCUGAUUAGAGCGGCUUUGAAGUUGUGGAACACCGAAGUUUUUGGGAAUAUUUUCCAAAAUAUCAUGGAUGCUGAACAAAGAGUCAAGGUUGCGGAACAAGCAUACGAUGGGGACCCUUCGGAUGAGAAUCUCAUUGCAAUGAACAAAGCAAUAGCUGAGCUAACAUUUGCCUUAUCUGUUGAAGAAAGCUACUGGAAACAGAAGGCGGCUUCGGAAGAUAUCAAAGUUUCGGUUGUUGAGUACUUCACGCAGGCCUUCAGAAUGGAUGACAGGGUGAGUGUUGACGACCUUCAUUGGGUCCCUAAUAUUCUUUCUGAGGAGGAUCGGCACCAUCUUAAUGCUACCCCAACAAUUGAAGAUGUGAAAGCAACUGUUUUUGACAUGUGCCCUGAUAGUACGGCAGGCCCCGACGGAUUCUCGGCACACUUUUUUCAAUGCUGUUGGGAUAUUAUUGGUCAAGAUCUCUACGACGCGGUUUUGGAUUUCCUCUCGGGAUCUACCCCUCCGAAAAAUUUCACUACGACUACAAUCGUUCUCAUUCCAAAGGUUGAGGUUCCAUCCACUUGGAAAGAUUUCAGGCCCAUUAGCCUCUGUAAUGUCACGGGGAAAAUCCUAUCCAAAGUCAUCAACAACCAAAUGGCCAAACUGCUUCCCAAAAUCAUCUCCCCCUCCCAGAGCGAUUUUGUCCAGGGAUGCAUGAUCUCUGAUAACAUUCUCCUUGCACAAGAACUUUCCCACUGUCUUGGAAAAAAUGGCAGUUUGAGCAACACCAUAUGCAAGCUUGACAUGGAAAAAGCCUAUGACCGUGUCAACUGGACUUUCCUCUACCAAAUGCUUAGUAGAGUGGGUUUCCCAACACACUAG